AUGCCGCUGCCGAUGGUGUCAAGGCUGAAGCUGCCAUUGGGGCGGAAGAUCAAGAUCGCGGGGGAUUUUCUGUUAAGGACGAUGGUCGUCGUUGUCAGCAUAACCCGAAUGGUUAUGUACAUCCGCGUCGGAACGACCUUCCGCGAACACUACAACGACAUGGCCUUAGACUACACAUCCCCCGUCUUCUUCUGGACAAACAUCAAGAUCUCCCUCGCCGUCAUCCUCGCCUGUCUCCCGACACUGCGCCCGCUCUGGACGGUCCUUUCAAGUCAAAGCCGCCGUGCAAGCAAGGCAAGUAGCAACAGCAAAAGCAACCUACACCGUCCAUACGAUGAGCUCAAGCACGAUGAUUGCAGUCGUGAGCGUGAGCGGGAGCGGGAGCGGGAGCGCAGGAUCUUGGAAGGGAAGAAGCAGCCGACACUCGAUACGCUUGAUCGGCUGGAGAGCUUUACUCUGGGUGUGGACGGGAAUCGGCGGUCUGGGGCGGGGUGGUGA